AUGAACUACAGUCAGGAGAAAGACCGCUGCUUGCUCUGUGAAAAGCAUCGAUCCGGUAACGCCUCAAAGGAACUAGGUUGGAGUUCGCAGAUUUGCAAGAGACCGAAAUGUGCUGAAAGCAAACGCCUACUCAAACGCCUACUGCAGAAGGUCUCGGAGUCAGAUGGAAAUACAAGCACCCUAGCUUUUAAGGUUUAUCACUACCACUACUUCAGCCAACGUGGCGAGGCUGAACUGGAUCGAACGCCUGCCUAUCACUUCGAGCUCCAUGCAGAAUCGCUUCCAAAGAAUGACGGGUUACCGCCCGAUUAUGGAACACCUGCCCAUGUCGGAGAACGUACUAAAUUUCAUGGUGAUAUUAGUUUGCAACACUUUGCGAGAGGUACAUGA